AUGAAAGAGCUUCAGGACUGCUACCCAUGCUAUCCAUGGACGAAGAAAUUACCUCCAAUCCUGCAACCGGAUCUUGAUUUCCUUGCUCCAGAAUACCUGGCGCCGAAUCAACAAACCGUCACAUCGGCUGCAGACGUUUUCUCGCUCGGAGGGAAACGACUGAUUGAUGCCAAAAACAACUUGGAAACUCAUGCCAUCAUAUGUGGUCAGUUAAACGAGGCUUUGAAUUGCAUAUCCGAAGAGUUGGGUUCGAAUUUGAGGGAAUCGAUGGGAAAGGUGCUCAGUUUGGAAGUGGAAGUUCGACCGACUGUGCAACUACUAUCUUUGAUCAAGCACUUCGACGAUCCAGCUCUUUCGGCGCUUCGCCAACUUGAUGACAUCUCGCAGAUGUUCGAUCCUUCACAGAAGGCUCAUUUCCUUGGUCAAACCUUUGUAUCCGCCCUGCCAGUCAUUCCUGAAGUGAGUUCGUUUUACUGA